AUGUCCGGAUCUACAUCUUCCCUCGGAGAACUCAUCCAGACAUCCUCCCCCGCCAGUGGUGUCAGAGUCAUCACAUUCAACAGGCCCCAGAAGCGCAACGCCCUUUCCACUGAGCUCUUGGCUGGGUUUCUCGCCGAACUCUCCGCAGCUUCCAAAGACGCGGCGGUCAAGGUCAUUAUUCUUACCGGCUCUGGAGGAUUCUUUUCCGCCGGCGCCGAUCUCCAGGAUAUCGCCGCGCUGGACGCAGCUGGUGCCCGAUCAUGUCGAUAUCUUGAGGAUCUCUGCCAUGGCAUGGCGUCUGUACGCAAGCCUCUUCUGGCAGCUGUUGAAGGACCUGCACUUGGGGGUGGGUUCGAGGUCGCCCUCAUGUGUGAUUUGAUAUUCGCAUCCCAAACCCGAACUUACUUUGCGUUGCCCGAAGUCAAGCGGGGGCUGAUUCCGGGUGCCGGAGGCACACAGCGCCUCACGGCAGCACUCGGCAAGUUCAAGGCGAUGCAGACAAUUCUCCUAGCCAAGCCCAUCACUGCCGAGGAAGGACUUUCACAUGGCCUUGUUUGCCAAUUGUUUGAGGACGGAACAGUUCUUGACAAUACCGUCAAAGUGGCCGCAGACCUGGCCGCCAAUGCAACCGAAGCGAUGCAGCUUGCGAAAGAGGCCAUCUGUCGAGCUGAUAGCCUUGGACGUGAUGACGAGUUCGAGAGGACUCUCUACUACAUCACUUUCGGCACCGAGGAGAAGAAAAAGGGUGUCAAUGGAUUCCUCAAGAAGCCUUGA